GGGUCACGUGACACCUUUUACUUCUGGUCAUGUGUCCAUCUUGUCCCAAGAGUGUUACCUCCAGAGGUGUGGCCAAUGGGAGUUGGAGUGUGCCCAGUGGGGGUCGGGUGUGGCUAAUGGGGGGUCAAAGUACAUUUUAAAACUCUGGGUGCACACCCUAAUAAAAUGUGCUGCACAUCUAUGGUCACAUACAAAAUGCUGUACACUCAAUCUGUAUCUCACACAGUCUGUGUCGCUCACAAAAUGUUGUCAUCUUUGAGUGCUGCUUGGGAAAAAGCUCCAAAGAGACGGUGCACGCGGCGCGCGCACACCUUAUUUGAAUGGACAUGAUCAACGCAUAUCGAAGAACAAAAGUUACAGCGGUGUUCAAACUCCAGCACGGGGGACAUCGCAGCCCUCCAGGAUGGUGGUGUUGCAGCUCUCCAGGGGGACGUCGCCGCCCUCUUGGAUGGUGGCAUCGCAGCCCUCGCAGGGGACGUCGCAGCCCUCCCACGUGGAAGCGUCGCAGCUCUUCCGGGGUAUGUCACAGCGCUCACAAGUGACGUCGCAAGAGCCCUCCCAGGUGACGACAUCGAAGCAGCGCUCCCAGAGGACAUCGCAGCUCACCCGUGUGACAGUGCCUCAGCUCACCCGUGUGACAUUACCGGAGGCCACCCGGGUGACAGUGCCUCAGCCCUGUCAGGGGAUGGCAUUGCAGCCCUUGCAGGGGACAUCUAAGCUCUCCCGUGUGGUGAUGCCACAGUCCUCCCGAGGGAUAUCACAGCUCUCCCAUGUAGUGCCACUGCAGCCCUCCCGGAGGACACUGCAACCUGACCAUGUGGUGGCACCACAGCCCUCCCGGGGGAUGUCUCAGCCUGCCCGUGUGGUGGCGACAAUGCCCUCCCGGGGGAAGUCGCAGCCCUCCCGGGUGAGUGCUUCUCUGGCCCCACCACCCACUCCUCCUGCCCCCACACGCACUGCUCCAGCUCACCGCUGGUUGCAGCAGCGCUGUUCUCCCGUACGGGAGGGCAUCUCAAGCCCGGAUAACGAUCAGUUCCGCCAGCCCCGGGUUAAGCUGGCUGCUGAGCUGACAGGUGGAGCAGAGGGGACACGCGGCACCGCCAUGCCCCUACCACCUAUCCGGCCUCCCGCUGCUGCGGCCCCUGACCCCACCACCAUCCAUGAGCAGCCUAAAAAGCAGGUGGUGCCUACGAAGUCAGCACCGCCACCCAGAGAGAGGAAAGUGAAUUGGGCGCCCCAGGUAGGGACUGGCCCCUUGCCCAACUCCCGCCUCUGCACCUCCCAGCAGCAACAGCUACAGCCGCAGCCACCGCAGCAGCCACGGAAGUCGAGCCCAACUUGCAACCGUGGUCGCUCCAUUAGGAACCCAGGCAAGGCGGCGAGGCCGGAGCCGGAGGCUGCAGUCCCCAAGACAAAAUACAAAAUUAAACUGUCAGCUGACGCGACCUGGCUGCUGCUGCGUCGCCACCGGAAGGAGUGGGGGUGGAUGAAUCACUUCAUCAACUCCGGGCUCUUGCAGGGCUCCCAGAGCGUGGCCGGCAUGGACCUCACAACCUAUAUUAAGAUUUCGCUCCUGAACAACCAGAACCGCUAUGACAACGAGGAGUAUGACGAGGAUCCGGCGCCGGGGGUCGUGGACCAGGAGCUGGUGUGCAGGUGCAUGGAGUGGCUCCGUGGGGCAGAGAAAGCAAAGCAAGAGGACAGGAUGGGAACCCUGCCCCACCUGUAUGACCACUGAGCUUGAGGGGCAGAGAACCAUCUUGCUGCCGCUCCCCACUGCAAGAGCCGUGGCUGCCCAUGUGCUGUGCCUGGUAUCAGAGUUCCUCCAUCCUUACCAACACCUGGUCUUCUGAGCAUCCCAUCAGAGUCUCGGUGCCAGAUUUAACCUGAGGGGAAACGGACUUACUCUGCCCAGACAGAGGCGAGGGACAGCUGUCCCUGCAAAAUGCAUGGGGACUCACAGGGGUCUGUUUUAGGGAAAUGGGGGGAG